AUGUGUUAUCAACUUGUCGAACUGUAUUCGGGAUGCAAAUGCCCCUACUACACACACGCUAUCGACCGCUGCGCAUCAUAUGGCCGCCCCGGCCAUUCUAUCCAGCAGCGAACGAUACUUGUCGGUUAUCUCUGCUCAGCACACGCGAACCAUGGCGCCCAGUACGCAUCACCGCACAGCUACUCCGACAGCGGCUACCACAGUGGCUACUCAAGCUCAAGGAGCUAUCGAUGA